CCCGAAUUCUCUCCACCGAUACACUGUUUCCCUUUGACAUUCUCUCUCUCUCUCGUCCUCUUCAAUGGCGACCUCAUCCCCGAUCUGGUUCCUUGCCGUAGCUUUCGGUCUCCUUGCCGUCUCCGCCGCCGCCCGCCCUUGCAAGACGCUCUUCUUCUUCUCCUCCACCUCGUUGUACCCGGUCACCUCCUCCGUCUCCCAAACCUCUAACCUCUACCCUAAUUUCCGCCCCGAAAACCCUAAAUCGCUCACCUUCUUCUUCACCUCCGCCCGUAUCCCUUACGAUGACUGGAAAUUUCUGCCCGCCAGGCCUGCUUCCGUCUUCCGUGACCCGUUCAGCGGCGUUGAGGAACAGGUCGAGGAAACCGUGCCUGAAGAUGUGCCCCAACGGUUGUCUUCAUCGGCAUCCAUGAAUCCGAUCGAGUUGUAUUCCUCCGUGAGUAGCUCGAUUCGUGACCGGACCAAGGACAUCAUGAGCGUCGUCGGUGCUUUGCUAUUCGGCUUGGGGUGCGGAGCGCUGACUGCUGCUACCAUGUACCUGAUCUGGUCCCUCUUCUGGCCCCAGGGUUUUGAUUUCGAGGAUUCCGAUGAUGAGUUUGACGAUGACGAUAUUGCUGCCCAGAAGAAGGCAGGAUACGUGGCGAUUCCCGCAAAGGUUGUUGAUUAUGACUUGCAGAAGCCUGCUCUGCCCACCAAGGAGGUGGUUUGAGAGCGAGUCUGUACUUUGUAAGUGUAUGGUGGAUGUUGACGACAUUUAUAUCUUAUGUUUGAUGACCUAUAAUUGCAUGUUAAUGGCAUAUAUGACUACUUUUGGUAUUGUAUCAUCUUCUUCAUGUUUAAAUUCAAAUCGUAUUUUUAUAUCCGUUCUACUCCGUAUUUGCUAUAUUUGCUAUGGUUCGAAAAGAAUGACGUUCCUUUACUCGACGGAUUAUUCGGCGGAUUCGAAAAGCUUGGCGUCUCCGUUGAAGAAAAAAACUGAAGUGUC